AUGUCAGAUCCCUCUCUGGUCUCGAGUGUGACGCAACAGUCAGAUGCUUCGGGUGGCAGUAACUCCACGGUGAUGCAGAGACCGUACGGCGGUUAUAGCCAAGUCGCCGAGUACCAAGAGUCUAAGGAAAGCCAGAGUCCGCCCGCAUCCACGGCGAUGCAAAACAUCACGUUCAACAACAUGGAUGCCACCCAAGCGGGAGUGUUUCAGUUUCUACAAUCUGAAGAUACACCUGGAAGUCCUACGCCUACGGACCUUCAGGCUAUGCCUCCGUCGACUGUUGCCUCGUCAUCUUCUUCCUCGUCAGGUGACACUCAGCAUGACGAUGGACGAUCAUCUGUGGCAGCAGAUUCACAGCAUCCUGACUCCGCCAUGACCUCGCCAGCCUCCACGCGCCGGUCCCUCCAGACAGCAUCACACCAACCCAACCAGGACUAUCGUUCAUUCAAGAAGCCGUUGUACGCCAGUAGCUUUGUGCAUGGCCCUGGGGAUGACGUCGAAGCCAACCAAGAAGAGGGCAGUGAAGAGGAGAGUGAAAGUGGAUCAGAGAGCGAUGAGGAAGUUAAUCAAGGAAACCAGAUGCCCAACAAACAGCCGGCAGUAACGACCCCUCCUCGAGCUCCGUCGACGACGUCUCAUCAGAGUGAUCCGCACGCCAGACGUCUCAAGCAGCAGGAACGCGAACUUGCGAGCCACAUCUUCCAAAGGCCACAGCCGAACGGAGACUACCAAUAUGGCGCAGAGCAACACCCCUACGGUUAUCCACCGAUGCCGAUGUACAACCAGCAAGGCUAUUCUGGUGCAUCUCCAGCUCCAGUGCCUGCGGCAAUCAGUUCCCCACCAGCAUGGGCACCGAUGCCUUCAUUCCCAGCUCCGCUAGCCAUAGGAUAUGCGCCUCAUCAGUCCCCGGAAGCAGUGCAUGCGCAUCCACUAUCGAUACGGCCACCUGACGGCCAGCUCCAGCACGUGCCGCCACCUUUCACCCCACAUCCAGGGCAGCCGCCACUCUAUCAACAGCACGCGCCACUGCCCAACCAGACCCGACAAACGGUGGUGGGAUAUGAACUCCUCGCCAACGAGCUUAGCGGAUCGACUCAGCCCAGCUCUCACGGCCGGAAGAAUCUCGUGCCCAUGUACCGAAAGUUUGAGCAUCUAAACCACCGCGUCUUGCUGCACCUCCAAGACGAAACGUGCGAACUCGAAGAAGAGCUGCGUCACCUAGACGAAUGCAUAGCCCAGAUGUCGCCUCGAGAUGCGUCAGGGUACGCGUACCCUGCGUCGCGGCGGGGUGAUGCACGCUACGGAAGUGAAAUGCACUUCAAGAGGACCGAACUCCUGGGGCGCAUUUACCAGAAGCUAGAGCAAUACAGUAAGUUGUGGCUAAGCCGGAAGCAACGAGUCGGAACGCCAUGUCAACAUGGGGAUCGUCGCUGCUACCGAUCAAGAGUGUUCCGCUGA